AUGGUUUGGAAGUAUGCCUUAAUUGACUGUGAUUCACGAACUGUCAUCAUCAGACCUGCAAAUAUGUGCGAAGCGCUUUCCUGGCUUCCUCACCAGGAACCCAAGACGAUACAACGCCAAAGCACGCUGCGAUUCUCCAGCUCUGCUACAACAUUUCGGUCGCCUCUUGUUGGUCCUAUCUAUGUUGGCCCUAGCAAGGAUACUCUUGCAGCAAAGGACAUGAAGGGAUGA